AUGCAGCUUAAUCUAGGGAUCACUGCUGACGCUGCUGCUGCGCAUCGACACGAGUACUCGACCUCUCCAGAUGCGCACCCAGGAGCCUCUGCUUUCUUUCCAUCCGCAAGGUCGAUACUAUCCCUCGGGUUUGCCUCCCUGACGAAGCAGGGAGGCACUACUCCGUCUACCCCAAAUCCCGAGAGCCAGACACCAAUGGCGCAAAGCACAUACAAGAGCAUUGUGCCGUCAUCAUCCGCUAUAGAUCAAGAGCCUACUUCCAUGGAAAAGGCUGCUGGCUACAUUGAAUCAGGCUCAGAUAGCCCUGACACUGCUAGAAAUACGGAUGAUUCUCCUUUCAGCUCUUCAAAGAAGCCUGCACCGCGGUCCAGGACAACACUACGCUUCGCUCAUCCUCCGCCAACUACUCGACAUAAAAGGCUAAGGAUUCGUCCCCGGCUACUAUUACAGCUUCAACAGGUCUCAAACACCACUCGUCCCAUCUCAGUCCUCGAUGUCAUCCCAUCAUCUCUCUUCAAGGGCCGUUCCCCACGCAAGCUAUCCGGUUCCUUUGCAGGUAGAGACCGGGUUUGCGCAACCGAUCUGAUCGUCGUUCCAAGCGACACGUAUGGGCCGGUGGGUGUUGGUAACGAGGAGAAGAGCAUACAAAACGACUCUUCCAAUGAGAACCGUGAACCAAUUGCAACUAUAUCCCAGAUUCGCAAGGAGGACACGAAAUCAAAGCACAACGUAGAGAUCUGCUUUGCCGACGGCCUACGCUGGAUAUCGGAAUCUCUACCCAAUGGUGGCUACGAGUUUACGGCCACAGAUGAACAUGGGAUCAAAAAAUGUGUACGCUGGGUCGUUCGUGGGAAACGAAAUCGCAGCACCUCAAUUCAAGGGGAUGGUCGACGGUCACCCAGUCUCGAUGAAGGAAAGAGGCUUACAUUCAGCAUUAUUGACCCACAAACUCGUCGUCAUCCGAUCAUAGGCUGGCUGUAUCGGACCGGAAUUGAAGUACUGGAUCAAGAGUCGCUCUCAACUGUGUACGCCAACCGCAAAACCGACCGUCCAGGGUCUCCUAUGGCCGAAACGAUGACGAAACAUAGCCCGGUUGAAAUCGACGAUAAGAUCCGACAGCUCAUCGCCAUUACCGGGAUAUGGGUAGCGUUUCAAGAAGGCUGGGCAGGAAACCAACACGUUACACAUGAAGCUUCCACUAACAGCCUCAGCAUCAGCCAGCUGCCGUCUCCGAUUGCUGCCUCGGACCGCUCUCCCAGCGCAGGCGUUGGAGAUGCGCAAGUAGACGAACUCCCUGAUCGCAAUAACAACAAUAAUAACCUGCAGUCUAUCGCCUCUCGCAUCCGUCAAAAAGGGCGACGCACAACGGCCACCCACACUCGCUCAUCAUCAAUCCAGAAAGCGUCUCCCCGCCGAAGCUGCUCCGACGAUGGUGUCAGUAAAGGGAGUGGCCCCUCUACUCCUACGCAUGCAAGGUCCUGUAGCAUGCUUUGCACAGCAAGCCAGGAAUCUUCACCUCCAAACCAUCCCCAUCGACCCAUUGCAACCCAUGAUCUAACCGACCAUGAAACAUCCGACAAGAUGAAUGAUCCUACUUAUGAUAACGAUCCUCACUCCUCUCCAGGGCAGGCUCCCGGACACAACAGUAGAAACUCUAGUCCUAUAUUCGGCUCUGGUUCCCCUGGACGAGACUGGACGUCAACCCCAGACCAAUCGACCAGCUCUUCUACAUGGAGUAAGGAGAAGAAGAAAUGGCGGAAGCUGGGAGGCUUGUUUGGUGCUGUCCGGGCUAAGAAAGGUUCCAAGGUCGCAAAACAGUAA